AUGUUAGCCUUAUUAUUCCUCUUCAUUUUCUUGUAUCUCAGUUUUCUUUUCAUUCGUUCUCGUUUGGAAGCCGAGACGGUGACUGGAUUGUGGAAUCGAGCUGUUUUUGUGACUGGAUGUGAUUGUGGGUUCGGUCAUGACAUUGCCAUUCGACUCGCCAAAAUGGGAAUGCCCGUCUUUGCAGGAUGUCUCACGCAAGAGGGCCAAAAACGGCUUGAAACUGAGAUCUCAAAUAUUCCUGGUGCAAAGCUUCGGGCAAUCGAAUGUGACGUCACAAAUGAUGAAAGUGUCGAGAAAAUGGGGAAAAUCGUUGACACUGAAUGCCAACAAUAUGGAGGUCUAUGGGCGGUGAUCAACAACGCCGGAGUUGGCCAUGGAGUGUUUCUCGACGAUUUUCUUCAACCUGAUGAUUAUCGCUUGACGAUGGAGGUGAAUUUAUAUGGAAUGAUUCGAGUGGUGCACCGAUUGAGAAGACUCGUCAAACAGAAAAAAGGCCGAAUCGUGAACGUGACUUCAAUUCUCGGCCGCUGUCCGGUCACUUGCAUCGGUCCAUACAUCAUCUCAAAGCAUGCGGCCAACGCGUAUACAGAAGUCAUCAGAAAAGAGCUCUCGAUUUUCGGGGUCGACGUGGUGAACAUCGAGCCGGGUUUUGUCAAGACCACUCUUACAAAUGUUGAUCGGAUUAAGAAAGGAAAUGAACAUUUAUGGAAUCGAGCCUGCACCGAGUUGAAAGACGAAUACGGCUAUGAGUUUUUCCAGAAAGCAUGUGAAAACCAGGCAAUGAUGAUCAACAGUCUUGGCGCUGAGAAGACAGAUAAUGUCAUGGACGCUUACACUAAGGCGGUCACUUCAGCCUACCCCCGUCGCCGCUACAAAGUCGGAUGGGAUACACUGUUCUUGUGGCAUCCACUCACAUUCCUUCCCACAAACGUUCAAGAUGCAAUCUUUUGUCUUCUCGAUAGAGCAGCCGGUGCUCCAACCCCCGCCAGAAUCCAAAUGGAAAAGAGCAAACUU